AUGCCGCCGCCGCAGCAACUUUCCCCGCAGCAGUGGCCAUUUGAGUCGACACAGCAGCUCUCAAAGCAGGGAGCGAGAGAGAGAACUGGGAAGAAACAGCUGGAGGCAGAGGUAGGAGGAGCAGCCAGGUCAGCAUGGAAGCAAGGGAACGAGGAGCUGUUGCCUCAGCAACAGGGGCUUGAGUCGACAUGGCAGCAAUUGAAGCAGGGAGGUCAAGAGGUAACUGGGAAGAAAUCGACACAGCAGGUGGUAUGGAAGAAAGGGAAUGAGGAGCUGCUGUCUCAGCAGCCAACAAAGCAAGGGGGGAUGCAGCCGAUUGGGAAGGCGACAAAGCAGCAGGGGGGAGAGAAGCCGCAAGAGCCACCACCGGUAACUUUUGAGGCGCCCCAAAAGUCGAAGCUGGGGGGAGAAAAGCCAAUUGGGAAGGCGACAAAGCAUCAGAGGGAAGAGAAGCCGCAAGAGCCACCACAAGUGCUGCCUCAGCAAAUACGGCAGCAGCAGAAACUGCCGCCACAGCAGCAACCGCCAAAGCAGGUGGUUAAAGGGGAGGUGGAAGAGGGGACUGGGAAGAAGGCGAUUCAGCAGGUGGGAGGCGCAGGAGGAGAUGCAGCAAGACCAGCAUGGCAGGAAAAGAGUGAGCAAGUGCUGCAACUGCUGCAACAGCAGGGAGUGCAACAGCUACCGCAGCACCCAGAUCAGCAUGCACAGCAGGGACCACAACAUAAGCAGCAGCACAAGCAGCCUGAGGCGCAGCCUCAGAAGCAGACGCAGCAGCAACAGGAGAUGCCUGAGAAACCCCUGCCGCUGGUCCCACAGAAGACACAGCAGCAAGCAUGGAAGCUCCCACAGCCUGCACAGCAGCAUGCAGAGAAAGGGUCAUCACCAGCAGCAACAAGGCCUCAGCAGCAGCAAGAAAAGCAACCUGAGAAGUUACAUACGCAAGUGCAGGGAAGGGGAGCUAUUGGGAGGACGGGUGGGGGGAUGGAAGGCGAGAAAGGAAAGGGGAAGGAAGUUGCUGGUGACCGAGGGGAGAAGGGUGAUAUUAGCAAGGAGGGUGGUAACCACAUGGGAGAAGGCACUGUUGAUAGGGACAGCGAUGGGGAUGUGGUAAUGAGAGACAGUAACUCAGUCGAGGUAGCAAACUUGUUGCAUCUGGAGGAGCGGGAGGACGAGGAAAUAUGGGAACCAGUGGAGAGGAUAGUAUGGGGUAUAGAGGAGGGGGAGGCACGGGGAAGACAGGACAAGACGAUGGAGAAGGUGGUUGGAGAGAGUGGAAGGUCCUUCGAUAGUUGGGCUGCUGCCCUAGAUGCUUCUCCGUAUUCCCCUCCAGCUGCCGCUGUGACUACAGCUCCUGCUGAAGCUUUGGCUUUACCUCUGGCUGUACCUCCUGCUGUAGCGCCGGUUGUAGCACUGGCCGCUCCUCCAGCUGCCUCUGUGAUCAAAGCUCCUUGUGCAUCUCCGACUGUGCCUCCUGCUGUAGCGCCGGUUGUACCUCCUGCUGUAGCGCCGGUUGUACCUCCUGCUGUAGCGCGUGUUGUACCUCCUGCUGUAGCGCCGGUUGUACCUCCUGCUGUAGCGCCGGCUGCUGCUCCGGAUGCCUCUGCAACUCCACUUGUACCUCCUGCUGCAGCGCCGGCCGCUGCACCGGCUGCCCCUCCAGCUGCCUCUGUGACCAACGCUCCUUGUGCAUCUCCGACUGUGCCUCCGGCUGCAGUGACGGCUGCUACUCAGACUGUCACGGCUUCAUCUCCAGUCUUGCUGCUGCUCAAGCUGCCUCUCCUGCUGUACCUCAGUCUGCUGCUCCGGUUGCUACAACUUCCGCUCCUCCUGCUGCUUUGGCUGCCCCCCCAGCUUCCGCCUGUGCUAUUUCUCAAGCUGCCUCUCCUGCUGUAG